AGAACUUCUGUUGAGUUUGAGUGGGGCACAGGCUUUUUUCUCCUUCGAGCAUAAAGCCAAAACCAUCAAAUCAUUGCCCUCCAGGAAAGAAAUCCAAAUCAUCCCUUCCCCUCUCCCUCUCCCCCCCUCUGUCUCUCUCUCUCUCUCUAGCAGUCUCUUCAGAAGAUCAGUGAACUUCGGGCCCUGGAGCUUUCUGCUGCAAUGGAGGAGGUAUAAGGGGGAAGACAAACAGAGACAGACCGUCAUGGGUAAUUGUGUCACUGUUCCCAGGAAUCAGAACCCCGCCGUGAAGCUCGAUCUGUCCGUGACCUCCAAGACCGACGGCGUCCCGAUUCAGGAAGCGAGCGCCGAAGCUCGGAAUUCGGUGGCUGAAGCUGGUCCGAAGCCACAACCCACGCCUGUGGCGAGCUUCCGCGAGCUCGGUACCAAGGAGGAGAUGUUUUUUGAAUCUCAAGCGUGGUGGGAAUCUGACUGUGAAGAUUAUUUCAGCGUCUGCGAUGAUACAACCCCGUCUCGCGGCAACACUCCGGUCCACCCCAAAAGCUCUUUUGGAAAUGUGGUAGUGAAUAAAAAUCUUCCGGCAGAGGGAGCGCUUAAUUCUGUGCCGCCCCCACUGACUGAACCCAAAAAGCUGCUUAUCGAGCUUUUUCAGGAAAGUUUCAAUGAUGCUGCUCCUGAUGAAGAUCAGAGUUUGAGGGGAAGGUUGAAUGCCAAGUCAAGUGAUAUCCCACUCGCUACCGAGUCCCCAGUGAAAAGCCCGUUCAGUAUAGGAAGGAACUCUGCCUACAGCGCCGAGGCGACCCCAAACCGAUCAUCGAAAAUGGCAAAGUUGAAAUCUGGACCAUCUUCCCAGUGCUGCCUACCGAAUUUGGUACGAAACCUGAGUUUUGGUGAGAGGAAGAGGAAGAUGAGCCCCAGCUAUGGUGGUGGAAGCAACCCGAAGCCUCAACAGGUCGAUAGUACACUUGCAUAGCAUUGCUAUAAUCAACUUAACUGUAUAAAGCUUCCGAACAUCUAGUCUGUUAGACUUUUAAGGCGGGCUUCUAUAGCGAUACUUGGUGUGUAACUACUUGGCAAACUUGUGUGUGCUCUUUGAGUGAUGGCUCCCGGAAUUUCCCAAAGUAUCAUGACUAAGAAAUUUUCUGGUGUCGGAUGGUGACUAUGCAUUACCAGCCACUUUACUGCACAUAAAUUUUAUAUCACGAGGCAAGCUUGUGUAUGAGCCCUUGAGGUAUUAUCCAUGUAACUUUGUUGUUGGAGGGGAUGUCCAGUAAUCGGAAUAAGUGGACAUUCUUUCUGCACUAGCAGAUUUCCCCUUUAAAGCCAAAGAUGAACUAUUUUUGGCUGCAUUUAGGUUGCUAGAAUUUCUACUUUCUGUAGUUUCUACCUGUAGGUCACUGCAUGAGGUUGAAAAUUUUGUGGAGGAAAUGCUAGAUUUGGUUGCAGUCGGAGUUCGAGUGCAAAUGUUGAAAAUUUAAAACUAGUCUGAAGACCUCGGCCUUACACGGCUGAUAUAGGCCUUUCCGUCACGGGAAUCGGUGUCGGGUCAAUCUGGCGAAAUUUUACAAUGAAAGAGAACAGUUUACUCUAUAUUGUGUGUUGUAGGAUGGGGCAAAAGGCAGGGGAUUUACAGAAGCUACUAGCUAGUAGUAUCGGCCGAAGCUUAUAAUGGCCAUGUCCAUUAAUAUAAGCAGGACUUGACUCAAAAGAUUUCUUUU